UCACUGUCGACUCUCUCCGGCCUUUGUCAGUGACGUUUGUUCUUAUAAACUACUAUCACCUUGUCUUUGGAUGAUAGUGUUGCAUAUUUUUACUUGUAGUUUAAAUCGGAAGUAUGGGAAAGUGAAAGUAGUUUGUUUCAGAUACCUAACAACUACUAUCACCUUGUCUUUGGAUGAUAGGGUAACUCGUGUCAAAUUUCACCAUAUAAUGUUUUAGCUGUUUUUGACAAAUGACUACGUCACUUUCUCAUAAAUCGGUAAGGUUUUCGAAUCGAAAUGCACAUUUUCUAGAAAUUGAUGGUUUAAUCCCGCCCGGACGCCUCGCUUCAAUGCCGUUUUCGUUGAUGACGUCUUAACAUGAACAUUUUCGCGGUCGCGGUGGUUUACAUUCAGCGAUUUUAUAAUAAAUCUAAUCAAAAAUGGAAAAUUUGAGCUUUACAUUUGUGAUUAACAAUUAAAAACGGACGUAUUUCCGCAAAGUUGUAAAUCACAUCAUAGUAUCACUUUAAAUCGGAAGUAUGGGAAAGUGAAAGUAGUUUGUUUCAGAUACCUAAAAACGGGGUGGGUUCUAGCUAUAUAAUGUUUCCAAGGGAUUCUAAUGGGACCCAACUUGUAUGUGUCCCAUGUUCUAUAAGCGACAGUGCAUUGGGGGAACAACCUAUCUUGAAGACAAGCAUCAGUGCCAGCUCUGGGCGAUGGUGUGUUGGGGGAACAACCUAUCUUGAAGACAAGCAUCAGUGCUGGCUCUUGGCGAUGGUGUAUUCUAAUUAUUUUGAUAAUAAAUUUCUGUUCGUCAAUGUACACAAUGGUACGAACCUACCUGUAAAAAAAAAACUCGCUGCCCGGCUUUUGUCCUUACCAUGUACAUGUAUACACACUAUACCCUCCCAGGGCUCGAAUGCAAAUCAAGAGUCCGCCCUUUCGUUUUCUUUAUCCUAAUUCACCGUUCUGAAUGAAUUCGGAAAGUCAAAAUGGAAAUCCCCAGGUGCGUCCAUCCAUCGGAGUCACCCACGGAUAGAAAACAUCGCAACUUCAUCCUCCUGUCCACCCAGGACUCAUUCAUGACUGCGCUCUGUAAUGUUCAGUCCCAGCUCGAUCGAGAAGGUCAGCUGUUAUUUGGCCAUUUCGUCAGUUCAGCUCGUGUCGAUAUUGGGUGGGAAGGCGCUACAUAGAAUAGCCGAUAUAUCACUAUCACGAACGCCAUUACCAAAUUUCAGUAUUACUUGCUGGAUAUCCCCGGACUAAACAGACAUAUUUAGCUAACCUGUUCAUAUAUUUCAGCAGCGUGCAAGGAGCAGCGUGUCGAUAUUGGGUGGGAAGGCGCUACAUAGAAUAGCCGAUAUAUCACUAUCACGAACGCCAUUACCAAAGUUCAGUAUUACUUGCUGGAUCCCCGGACUAAACAGACAUAUUUAGCUAACCUGUUCAUAUAUUUCAGCAGCGUGCAAGGAGCAGCGUGUCGAUAUUGGGUGGGAAGGCGCUACAUAGAAUAGCCGAUAUAUCACUAUCACGAACGCCAUUACCAAAGUUCAGUAUUACUUGCUGGAUCCCCGGACUAAACAGACAUAUUUAGCUAACCUGGUUUGUCGGCCUAGCUCCUACAAACCUUCUCCCAGAUGGCAGUCCAAGUUCAAGACCAAGGGUUUCCUUCCCCAGUCCAAAUCGACAGAGGCAUGUGUGUAUACACGAGUAUAGAUGAGAAUGGUGACCAACGUCUAAUCAUCAAUGCACCCGAACCAGAGAGUAGUGCAGUCGCUGGAGUGGUCAAGGAUCUCUUCACCUCGAAACCCGAAGACCUCUCCAAUGAUUUCCGACGAAGUGCUAUGCUCAUACGUAUAGCAAAAUAUCUUCUGGUCGCAGCCUCCGAGGAACCCCUUACGGAUGACAUGACAAAAUUAGGGACCAAGUUCGAAGAAUUAUAUAGCCAGUUUCGUCUUAAGUUGCAGAAUCUAAUGCUAUUUUCCUUCGAGAUGUUUGAAAUGUUUAAGACAGCCUGCUUCUACCUUGAUGAAGGGAACGAAGAACUUGGAGCUGAGACGCUGCGGGAUAUGCAGGGGAAGUGGACAGAAAAAAAACAGGUGUUCAUCAUUCUUUCCAAAAAGAUAAAAAGCAUUGAAGAAGAUGCCAACAAAGUGGUACAAAAGCUGCAUACCAGAAGAGAGAACAUAGGGAGCAUAUUCGAUGCGUAUGUGGCCGUUCUGAGCGAAUGUACUUCGGGCAUCCUACAGAUUCGUAGUUUUCUAACGGAGCAGCAGGACCUACUGGAGAACAUGCAGAACGCUUUCGAUUUGGAGGCGCACUGCGCUAAGUUGCAAGUGCGGCUGAAUGGUACAACUUUCCGGCAGCUGACCAAUAAUGUGACAUCUGGUGGAUUCCUCUAUGAGAUUCAUCGCACAAUCCUGAGAUGUGUCGCAGCAAAGCAGAUCAGUGGAUCCUAUUCCAGAGCACUGGGCUCCGAGGAGGCGAAGGCCACAUUCACCCGGAUGGUUUCUGCCUCUCCUUCUCGUUUAACCGCACAGGAAAAUUGUCAACACCUUAUCACGGAGUUCAACGAGGCAUUCACUGAGUAUCCUCUGAAUCGAGGCAUCGUCGAGAUGAUUCAAACGGCGGAUUGGGGCAAUCCGCCUCCACCGCAGAAUGAAAGAUGGUGUGCGAUUCUGUAAUCAGAGAUUUUUUGGCGAUAUGAACGCAUGACCGGUGGGAUCAGGCCAAGGAUUACGUAGAAGGACGUCUGUAAAUUGACUCCACUGACCAGCCGGGCUUCCAUAUCAAAUGUCAUUCGAGAUCAAGGCUAUUGUAAAUACAUGCUUACAUUCGCAGAGAGAGGUGGAACGACCGUCCUGCCCCCUGACUUUGUCCGAGAUUCAUAGCUUGAUUAGUGCUCUGGUUGAGGCUCCUUCUUUCAUUCCCACGCUGAUAAUGCCAACCUCUCUGAAUUCUCACCCCUUACUGCUGACCUUCAAAAGGUACUGUCUCUCUACACUGAUCCGGCCAAUGCAGUUAUGUUUCCCCGCAUGGACACGCUCGUGGCAACCACACGAGGGCUAAAGAUCAAGGCUACGUCUCUGUACGACAGAUUAGCAAAAUAUGAAUCUCAAUCGCUAUAGAGACAUAUAAAUGUAGAUUGGAUUCGGGCAUCGGACAAAGUACGUUACACUUCCAAUGCGCCUGCUUUCGUCACGCCCAAGACUCUUCCACUCCCGAAGAAGUAGUGAUGACACCACAGCUGAAGUAUAAUGUACAUAAUUUUCUAAGGAUCUGAUGAAACGUUACCAAUGAAAUAUUUCUCUGUAACAAGUUACCUACUGUAAAUUUCCGUGUUAUCCUUAUUGCAUAUAACCAUAUGUAUAAUGCUGUGGUAAUAAAUGUAUAGAACUGGCUUGCCACUGGCAUUUGAUUUGCUGAUUUCUCUUUAAAUCAACCGAUAGACUUCUUCAAAAUACAGAACCUCCUUUUGGGCCGCUGUGCGGGAGAGCAGAGCAACUGUGUUGGGGCCCAAAAUUAGAAGAAAACGGAGGGAUGCCGACGCACUUCGCCGAUAGAUCGGCAUGCCCAUAAGGACGAGCUCGAUAUUCUUCUGAAAAGCCUUCCCAUCAUAAUCAUGAAUACAUGUACAUUCUAUUAAAAAAACUGCGGCUACUUCCGAGAAACGACACCUGCAUACAUGUACAUGCUACUGCAGGAGGUGUUGACCAGAGUCGUCCGAGAUGUUGACAAGGAAGUCGCUCAACUGCGAUUAUUCGCGGUAAUUAGAACUGGCACAGACUUUUUUCGUGACCUAGAAGCGUGAUUUAGUUCUUGUAGCAGUCUGAGUUGUUGAGCGGAGACGACGGGGCGCAAGUUUCUAUAAAGCGGACUGAGACAACGACACAUUCAUUUCGGACAAACGAAUUUUGCGACAAGUUGCUGAUUGAAAAAGUCCUUUACCGGACCGGAGGCAUCCAUUGUAGCAAUGAUGCUGCUGUUGGUUUUCUUUUUGGUGGCCAUUAUCAUUGAGGGGUCAGUUGGCUUGCCGCAGCGCCCCGACGAGGGCAGUGUGAGGUGUGACAUGUCGAAUUACCACGUGGGCGAGGGUGCGACCACCAUAGCCACCGUCCGAGCCGGCGAGACCCUGACCCUCGAAUGCCGUAAAGGGUACUACUUCAGCCGGUCUCUCCAGGACGUGGAUUAUUCCGAUGGCGUCAAGGAUUUUGUCUAUGAUAGGGCGCCCCGGGUACUGACAUGCCUGUAUACCGGAAGGUGGGAUAAACCCAUCCCUACUUGCCACGCCUUCACGUGUCCCCGCCCAAACAUACCUGCCCGCGGCGCAAUACGGCCAUAUGGGCAGACCACCUUCAAAGCGAACGAAAGCAUCACAUACGUCUGCGGAGAAGGCACAGUCCUGGUUGGCUACUCGUCACAGACAUGUGACAUGAUGUGGAACGGGUGGAGCUAUGGGUUGAGUCCACCAUCGUGUAUAACGGUGCGGUGUCCUGGUCCCGAGGGCCCGCGAAACGGCUGGAUCACGAACAGGAACCGUGAUGUAGGCUCUACAAUCCAUUACUACUGUAACAGAGGCUAUGAACGCUACGGGGCACCCAAUCAGACAUGUCAAGCAAACGGGAAAUGGUCCGAGGGCACGCCCAUCUGCAAGAAGGAGAGACAGAUCGGAGUCUGUGAUAAUCCUGUGGUCCCUCCUGGAUCAAACGCAAGAGGAGACUCCACUCUGAACGGAGCGAAAGUUACGCACCGAUGCUUCAGGCCAGAAUUCCUGAAAGGGCCGUCAGAAAGAAUAUGUGGCCCCCUUGGAUGGUCACCGUCCUCGGAACCAGAGUGUGAAGCGCUGCACGCCUUCGAUCACCGAGACACUUUGGCCGAGACGUUUUUCUCCAUUGUUGACAGAUUCUCCUCCGUGGUAAACGGGGACGUCAUCAAUGGAAUGUUUGACCGUCGAUACGAUCUUUUUUUCCUGAUCGACUCUUCUCACAGUGUCCCACCAGACCACUUCGCCUUGGCGAAGGAAUUCGUGUACAAUGUGAUUGACGAGCUUACACUGACCAACACCAAUACGGCUAUCGGCCUUGCCUCUUUCUCUACCAAGCCGGAGGAGGAAUUCACACGGAGCGGCGGAGUCCAUGCGGACACUGGCAGAGGAAAGCCAUCGCUCCACCGACGGUUAGAAGAUCUGAAACGCAUUGAUCGCGACACUAACAUCACUGGUGCCCUUGAGUUCGCCCGCAAGGUCAUGAUCCCUUUGAGCUCGCAUGCACGACGAGGAGAGGAUGCCCCCAAGGUCAUCUUCCUGUUCAGUGAUGGAGAUGUAACUCUUGGCGGUAACCCAACAUCAAGCGCCAAGAAGCUGAAAUACCUUGGCGUGGAGAUCUUUACCAUCAAAAUAGGGACCAUGAUGAACAAAAAGACCAGGUCUAUACUGGAGGGGGUGUCCUCUGAGGCUGACUUCCCGAGGCAUUAUCCUCAUGUGUUGAGAAUCAAGGAUAAACUCGAUCUGGAGUACAUGGUCGCGAAUUACAAGAGUUAUUCAACAGCCGGGACCCUUUUCCCUCGGUUCCCAACCUGCGGAGUCGCCGGGGACAUCCAUUACACCAAGUCGUACCAAGUCGGAGGUGAUGCUGCCAACUCCACCACUUGGCCCUGGGUCAUGGCAAUCAGCAAGAUCAGACUGUCGGCGGAUAACAGCAUAAACAAGGCUGUGUUCGCGUGUACGGGAACCCUGAUUUCUGAGCAGUGGGUGCUGACUACCGCGAAGUGUAUAGAUGAUCGUAAUGAUACCAAUUUCGUGGUUACAUCUGCGUCUUCCCCCAACACAUUCGACGGCGAGAUGGUAAGGGAGACGUUCCGUUAUGGCAAUAUGCCAGGUGACAUAGCACUUCUCAGACUUCUGCGGCCACUCAAAUUCGGACCAUAUGUGAGACCCAUCUGUCUCCCGAACCACAGGCCGAGCGAAUUAGACGAUAAAUUUGGUGACUACGCCGUGACAAUUGGUUGGGACCGAACUGAAGAGAAACCGAAAUUGAUACAGGCAGCUGUUCCCAUCGUUGAGGACAGGAAGUGCAGAGCGCGCUCUCGUGUUGUCGGUUACUGCGCUGGUUUGAACACGGUCCUAAACGGCACCUGUUCCAAAGACAUCGGUAGCCCACUCAUGAUCAAAUCUAGGAUGGACAAGAUGACAAGAGAGGUCCACUGGAUUCAGAUUGGAGUUGCCUGGCAGACUGAUGGAUGCACGGCAACUAAAGGAAACUCGGGCAGAUUCGCCCGUCUGGAGCCUUUUAUGCCAUGGAUAAAUUCAAUCAUGAAUUAAAAAAGAAAUUAACUGGUUUAACCAUAUUCAUGUAAAUUAACUAGUUUAACCAUAUAAACAGCUUUCGAACUAAAUAGACGUAUGAGUGUGUUAGCAUAUCAAAAAUAGUCACCGACUAGAACACAAUAUAAUUAUUGAGAAAUGUGAUUAAAUUGAGAACGGGCGAUCGCAACGAAUUUGACGAACGUUUCGCUGCGAACGCCGCUGUUUGUUUGGGCGUUGUCGACGAGUUAUUCCAUCUUAGAUUCUAAGAUUCCAUACAACGCAUUGGUCAAAGCUGAAAUGCAGGAUUCUUCUCACAUCGGCUUGACAAAGGAAGCGUCUUGGACAUAUGCUAUCAUGUGUGUGAAAUCGUUGACUUAUAAGUUGAAGUUUCACGGCUCACGCUGUUGUCCAUGACAAUGUCAUAAAGUGUUGGCGGGAACCUCAAGGACUUUCGCGCACGAUAAGAGAGGGCAUCUUUUCCAGUCAUUAAAUUUUGAUUUGACAUUAUUCAAGAAGAGGCAGGUCCCUCAAAUUCUAUAUGAAAACCCCUUGUAACAGCCAAAAUAAACACUCUUUGAAUAAGCGGUAAAGAGCUGAAAACGCUUUGGGAUGUCAAGUAUCCCGUGUAACAGCCAAAAUUAUACAUAUUUGAUUUAUCACAUUAUCAUUUUCACAUGAGACUUUUCUCAUUUGGUCAUCUUCUAGUAUACAAAUGUGUUUCGAAUCAAAUCGAGAGCCCCGUAAAGGCAUUUUCGAAAAACUGAAGUGUUAUUAUUUCAUCAAAACUUGUAUCAUGAAAGAAAUAAAACGCACCAAUGUUC